GCGAGAAGCGAGCGGCCGGCGGGGGAGGCAGGCGGUGCGAAGGGAAGGACGGGGGGAAUCUAGGCUGUGUCCCGUAUUUGGAAUAAGCGAGACGAGAACACAGUUCUCCUCUUGACGUGAACAGGCUGCCGCGUAACCUUCAAAAAGGAGCCGCAUUUUUGACGGCUAACGCACGGAGCGUCGGGACUCUUGAACUAAGCGUCAUUUGGGAAAAACCGAAGAGACAUUUGGUUUCUGGACGAAGAAUGGGAUUUAAAGAACAUAUCUGCCAGCGCUGAGUUGUGGAAACAAGGAGGUAUUUUCCAGCUGGACGAAAAACUGUCGAAGAAAGACCGAAUUAAGCCGAGCUUUAUUGACACUACACAACACACGUCAACUUCUUGGGAAAAACGGGGGCAAUGUUGGCAUUUAGGCACGGAGGAAAGUAACGUUAACGUUAGCUCAGAAGCUAGCUAAAUAGCUAGCCUAGCAGGCUGCUAACUAAGCCUGUGUCGCCUUCCAUUCCUGGAGCAGAGGAGGGGCGCUGGGGCUUUGUAGCAUUGCAGAUCUGCCUUGCAUUUUUUGGGCUGCAGUAAGAAUGGAGAAUCCCAAAUAUCCGCCACAGCAACAACUCAGGGAGGUCUGCUGAGCGACAUCGACUCUAUUUUUUUAUACAUUUCGAUCCGAGAAGACCUGAAACUGCCAGCCAGCGUUGCGAAUUCAUCAAAAUCAGCCGGCCCGGGGCAGCAGGGUCUGUAAUUGUGACUACUUCUUUUCUUAUGUGCCCCCGUGGGGAUAGGUAUAAAAAAUGGGGAAGUGCUUGCAUGUCUUACCCACCUCCUAGAUUCUGGAUCUCGAGAGGGAGAUCAUGAAUAGGUCGGCUUUAACGCAAAAUUAGCCCCGGCCUGCCGUCAACACAAACUUUUAUUAUUUUCGAGGCACACUCAAGGUGAGAGAACUUCUUUACAGGCCCCUCUGCGCUAUAACUUAACAGGCCGAUCCGGCGCUCGCUCAUUUCCCCCCCCCCUCAUCCCUCCAUCAUCAUUACUUUAAGAAAUCAAGAGCCGGAAUAAACAUGUCGGGAGAGGUGCGUUUGAAGAAGCUGGAGAAGCUGAUCCUGGACGGGCCAGCUCAGUCUAAUGGCCAGUGCCUGAGCGUGGAAACGCUGCUGGAUAUCCUGGUGUGCCUCUAUGAUGAGUGCAACAACUCACCGCUCAGAAGAGAGAAAAAUAUCCUGGAGUUUUUGGACUGGGCUAAACCUUUCACGUCCAAAGUGAAGCAGAUGCGCCUGCACAAGGAAGAUUUUGAGAUACUUAAGGUGAUUGGACGAGGAGCCUUUGGAGAGGUUGCAGUGGUAAAAGUGAAAAACACUGACAAGGUAUUUGCGAUGAAGAUUCUCAACAAGUGGGAGAUGCUGAAGCGAGCAGAGACGGCAUGUUUUCGAGAAGAGCGGGAUGUGUUGGUAAAUGGGGACUGCCAGUGGAUCACUACCCUGCACUAUGCCUUCCAGGACGACAAUAAUCUGUACCUUGUCAUGGACUACUACGUGGGCGGUGACCUCCUGACUCUCCUUAGCAAGUUCGAGGACCGGCUUCCAGAGGAAAUGGCCAAGUUCUACCUGGCUGAGAUGGUGCUGGCCAUUGACUCCGUUCACCAGUUACACUACGUCCACAGGGACAUUAAACCUGACAACAUUCUGCUGGAUAUGAACGGCCACAUCCGCCUGGCUGACUUCGGAUCCUGCCUCAAACUCAUGGAGGAUGGGACGGUCCAGUCCUCUGUGGCUGUGGGAACUCCAGACUACAUCUCCCCAGAAAUCCUCCAGGCUAUGGAAGAUGGGAAAGGCAAGUACGGACCUGAGUGCGACUGGUGGUCACUGGGAGUCUGCAUGUAUGAAAUGCUGUACGGCGAGACUCCUUUCUAUGCAGAGUCCCUGGUGGAAACCUAUGGGAAGAUCAUGAACCAUAAGGAGCGAUUCCAGUUCCCACAACAGAUAACAGAUGUGUCAGAGGACGCAAAGGAUCUGAUUCGCAGGCUCAUCUGCAGUCGAGAGCACAGACUGGGCCAGAACGGCAUAGAGGAUUUCAAGCAGCACCCAUUUUUCACUGGCAUCGAUUGGGAAAACGUUCUUACAUGUGAAGCCCCCUACAUCCCAGAGGUCAGCAGUCCUACAGACACUUCCAACUUCGAUGUGGAUGACGACUGUCUAAAGAACUCUGAAACCAUGCCCCCUCCCUCUCACACUGCCUUUUCUGGCCACCACCUGCCCUUUGUGGGUUUCACCUAUACAAGUAAAUGCUACCUAUCAGACCGGGGCUGCCUGCGACAGCUCUCAGGUGAGCCAGGUAAGACCGGGCAGGACCAGCUGGACCUGGAUGUCAAGCGUAGCCUGGACGACAGCCUGGCCACUGAGGCCUAUGAGAGGAGGAUCCGCCGCCUAGAACAGGAGAAACUAGAGCUGAGUCGCAAACUGCAAGAGUCGACUAAGACAGUGCAGGAGCUGCAGCACAAGACAGGCGAAGGCCCCAUCAGCUCUAACAAGGAAGUGGAGAUCAGGAGCUUGAAGAGUGAGAUCGAUAUCCUCAAGAAGCAGAUUGCUGACUCAGGCCACCUGGAGAAGCAGCUGGAAGAUGUGACAUUGACUCGUAGAGACUUGGAGGACUCAUCAAAACACAUCAAGACUCUGGAGAAACAGAUGAAGAGCGUUGCACAGGAGAGAGACGACCUACAGAAGGACCUCAUGGAGGCAGCUGAGAAGUUGAAGUCUCAGUCAAAAGAGCUGAAAGAAGCCCACAGCCAGAGAAAACUGGCCAUGCAGGAGUUUUCUGAGCUCAACGAGAGACUCACAGACCUCAGGUCAGCUAAGCAGCGACUGACUCGCCAGUUGCGUGACAAGGAAGAGGAGAUGGAGAGCCAGAAUCAGAAGAUUGAGGCUCUCCGCCUUGAGGUGCGAAAGGCUGAGAGGUCCAAGAAGGAGAUGGAGGCACAGGCAGAGGAGCAGUCAGUGGAGACUCAGAAAGAGAAGAAGAUGAGAGAGCGCAAUGAACAGUACAGCAGACAGCUGGAGGAAGAGCUGGAAGGGCUUAAGCUGAAGCAGGCUGGCUCCCCUGCUGCUCCAGCCUCGGCUGACCAGACCCAAGAGGUGGGGCGCUUACGUGGAGAAAUGGAGAAGAAAGCAGUUUUAUUUGAGGAGGAAUUGACGCGCAGGGAUGCACAGCAUAGCACUGAUGUUAAGGCCUUGCGUAAAGAGCUGAGAGAUUCUGAGAGUCAAAACCUCACCCUGCAGAAAGAGAUACUGAUGCUCAAAGACAAACUGGACAAGAAUCGCCGUGAGAGCCAAAGCGAGCGGGAAGAGUUUGAGACGGAGUACAAGCAGAAAUAUGAGAGGGAAAGAGUCCUGCUCACAGAAGAAAACAAGAAGCUGUCCAGUGAACUAGAUAAGCUGACCAGCAUGUUUGAGAAGCUGAGCAGCUCCAACAGGCAGCUGGAGGAUGAGAUGAGGGAGCUGGCUGAUAAAAAGGAAAGCGUGGCUCACUGGGAGGCCCAGAUCACAGAAAUCAUCCAGUGGGUGAGUGAUGAGAAGGAUGCUCGCGGCUACUUGCAGGCUCUGGCCACCAAGAUGACAGAGGAGCUGGAGGGACUAAGAAACACCAGCCUGGGAGCGAGAGCCACGGACAUGCCGUGGAAGAUGCGACGUUUCGCAAAGCUGGACAUGUCGGCACGUCUGGAGCUUCAGUCGGCCCUGGACGCUGAGAUCAGGGCCAAGCAGGGCAUCCAGGACGAACUGAACAAGGUCAAGGCCAACAGCAUUUCCACAGAAUGUAAACUGCAGGAGGUGGAGAUUAAAAACCAGGAGCUCCUUUCUGAGAUCGAACGGCUGAAAAAAGAGACGGAGGAGCUGCGGCUACGAAGGGGAGUCAAGCACCAGGAUUCCCAGAAUUCCUUCUUGGCUUUUCUCAAUGCCCCCACCUCUGCCCUGGACCAGUUUGAUGACUCUUAUUCCUCAUCCUCAUCUUCUUUAAUUGAGUUUUGGGAAGAUCGCUCGCCAUCCGUUGGCCCGGCUAGCAAAGGCAGACGUGUGGACUCUAUGGAUAACUUCACCCCAUCCAACACUCCAUCUCGAGAAGAUGACCCCAAGUCCCACCUCAAGUCCCGAUCACGUUCACCUUCCAUGGCUAGUGAUAUGGAGCCCAUAGAGUUGAUAGACCAUCCGCCUCGCACAGUCCAGACCCCCACCAUGCGCUCUGGAGGAUACGGCAGCAUCGGACGCUCCUCCCCUAAGCCCAAAGCACAUCAGUUUGUGGUGAAGUCAUUCAACACACCCACCAAGUGUAACCAGUGCACCUCCCUCAUGGUGGGACUCAUUCGUCAAGGUUGUAUGUGUGAAGUGUGUAAUUUCUCCUGCCAUGUAACCUGUGCGGACAAGGCUCCAGCUGUGUGUCCUGUGCCCCAAGAUCAGACCAAGGGCCCCCUGGGCAUCGACCCCCAGAGGGGUAUUGGCACCGCGCAUGAAGGGCACGUCAGGAUACCCAAACCAACGGGGGUGAAGAAGGGCUGGCAGAGGGCAAUGGCUGUGGUCUGUGACUUCAAACUGUUCCUCUAUGAUCUGGGAGAAGGAAAAGCCACGCAGCCGAGUGUAGUAGUCAGCCAAGUCAUAGAUAUGAGGGAUGAAGAGUUUUCAGUCAGUUCUGUCCUGGCCUCUGAUGUCAUCCAUGCCAGCCGCAAAGAUAUUCCUUGUAUAUUCAGAGUGACGGCGUCCCAGCUCUCCCCCUCCAGUAGCCACAAGCCCUCCAUCUUGAUCCUGGCAGACAGCGACCAGGAGAGGAACAAGUGGGUGGGUCUCCUCAACGAGCUGCACCGCAUCCUCAAGAAGAACAAGCUCAAGGAGCGCUUCGUCUACGUCCCCAAGGAGGCUUACGACAGCACCCUGCCGCUCAUCAAGACAACACAGUCUGCUGCUAUCAUAGAUCACGAGCGUGUCGCCCUGGGCAAUGAGGAAGGACUUUUUGUCAUCCAUGUCACCAAAGAUGAAAUAAUCAGAGUGGGGGACAACAAAAAGGUCCACCACAUAGACCUUAUUCUCCAGGAGCAGCUGCUGGCGGUCAUUUCUGGCAGGAACCGCCAUGUGCGCCUCUUCCCCACGCAGGCCCUGGACGGCCGCGAGACCGAGUCCUACAAGCUGGCUGAGACAAAAGGCUGCCAGACUAUCGUCUCCGGCCCAGUCCGUAGUGGCUCUCUCACCUGCCUCUGUGUGGCCAUGAAGAGACAAAUCAUAUGUUAUGAGGUGAACAAGAGUAAACAGCGUCACCGUCGACUGAGGGAGCUGCAGGCUCCGGGGGCAGUUCAGUGGAUGGGUCUGCUCAGUGAGCGUCUUUAUGUGGGCUACCAGUCCGGCUUCAUGCGCUACAGUGUCCAUGGUGACAUGUCCCCGGUCAGUCUGCUCCACUCAGAGGACCACACCCUGGCCUUCAUCCCUCAGCAGGGCCUGGAUGCACUCUGCGCCGUGGAGAUUUCUAGCAAAGAGCUGCUGCUGUGCUUCAGCGCCAUCGGAGUUUACGUGGACUCUCAGGGCCGCAGGUCGCGUCAGCAGGAGCUGAUGUGGCCAGCUGUGCCCAAUGCUGCCUGCUACAACGCCCCCUACCUGUCAGUGUACAGCGAGAACGCUGUGGACGUGUUUGAUGUCAACACUAUGGAGUGGAUCCAGACCAUCCCCCUGAAGAAGGUGCGACCUCUGAACAUCGAAGGCUCCCUGAACCUGCUGGGGCUGGAAACAGUACGCCUUAUCUACUUCAGAAACAAGAUGGCUGAGGGUGAUGAGCUGGUGGUCCCAGAGACGUCAGACAACAGCAGGAAGCAGAUGGUGCGCAGCAUGAACAACAAGAGACGCUACUCAUUCAGGGUGCCUGAGGAAGAGCGGCUUCAGCAGAGGAGAGAGAUGCUGCGAGAUCCAGAGAUGAGGAACAAGCUGAUCUCCAACCCAACCAACUUCAACCACGUGGCUCACAUGGGACCGGGAGACGGCAUCCAGAUCCUGAAAGACCUGCCCAUGAACGUCCGUGUUCAGGAGAGCCGUGCUGGAUUCAGCGGUUCAGUCAGCAUCCCCUCCCUCGCCAAGAACCGGGCCGAGCCGGGCCGCUCCAUGAGCGCCAGCAGCGGACUGGGCAUACGCCCGUCCUCUCAGAACGGCAGCGCUCUGCGCAGGGAGCUCUCUGGCGGAAGCUAUGGCUCCAAACGCCAGACCAUGACCUCCCCCUCUGAGAGCUCCCUGUCCUCUGGGGGAGGGAUGGACUGCGGGGACGCUCCGCUCUCGCAGUUCGACAGAGAGUGGCAGGCAGUCUCACCGUCGGAGAAGACCCCUGAUCUGAAAAGGGCUUUAAGGACCCUGCUUAGUAAGAUGAAGGACUCGGACUCGCCCCGUCACUCCACGGCCUCCAACAGCUCCACCUUCAGCAGCCCUCCAAGUCCGGCCUCCCCACACAAGACCAAGUCCCUGUCCCUGGAGAGCACAGACCGGAUGGGCUGGGACACAUGAGCCCCCCCCCCGGCAGCCUCUCCCAAAACCAACCCCACCGACCGACCAACCAACCGACCGACAGCACAGGACUCCGAACUCUCCUCCUCGACCGCAGCCCCCCCCCCCCCCCCCCCCUCCCCCUUCCUCCCCCACCCUUCCCCUCCCUCCCCACUUCUGAAUAUUCCCCCCGUCACUGCCCAGAGAACUGCACCUCCUGUCUGCUCGCUCCUGAUGAAACAUUCGUCCCCACUUCACAACCAGUUCGUCUCUCGCCACGACGGGCAAAAACACUAAAAACGUCUCUCUGUCGUCUGUUUGAGGGAGAUUCUGAGGGAGAGGGUAUCUUAAAUCAGCGGUGGUGUAUUCCAGGGUGCAGAUUUGUGUGUGUGUGUUUGAGAGGAGCUGGUUUGCACUUGCCAGCGCGCGUGCAUGUGUUUAUGCAGAAAGGGCGUCAGAUAUAGGAACGACAGCCUCCCGUCUGGGCUCUUGUUGCUACCAACCGACACUACUCGACCCCCAUCGAUUCAUUCAGAGACUCAAAAACCUCACCAUGCAACACUAAACGAAGAGGAUUAUUAUUGAGAGCAAAUGAUUUGUACUUGUACAUAGGACCCGUUGGGUUUCAGGGGACGAUAUUUUAAUUUAUUUAUCAAUCUUAGACAAGGAAAGGGAGGUUUGCUUCUUGGCAGCCUGAAGCAGACGGGUGGAGUUUAAACCCCUCCUCACUUCCCACGGUCGCUUUCUUUCCGGGUGCUGCAAAACUAGAAGACGGUUAAAAAAAAGAGAUAAAGAAAAGAAUGAGUUUUAUUUUGCUCCACAUACUAAGUGCAGUGACUUUAUAAUAUUUUUUAUUUUGACCAUUGGCAAAAAGCUCCAGGCAGCGGCUCUCAUGACAUCAUAACUUCAGCUGUGCUACUCUCUUCCUCAUUGGUCCAGUGCGAGUGGCAUCACGUGUCCUCCAUCGUAGUUCCAAGCAAACUGACCAACCAUCACAAUAAUGUACAUAGGUUCAAAGUAGAGAGUAAUAUAUGAUAAGGAAAAUACUAUAGAGAACUACACGGGAAAGAAAAAAAAUCCUCUUUGACUUUUAUUUGUUUUCUUUUGAGUGAUUUCUGGGGUUGUAUUCACACAAAAAAGCCAUUUUAAACCACUUUCUUUUUUACCGAUUCAUUUUAGAUUUGUUUGUUUUAUAUUGUUUGUCUGACACGCGUUGUGUGUGUUUUUUUUUUUUUUUUAAUUUCCCACCUGGUUUGAGUGAAGAAGCUCACACUACUGGCCGUACUGUAGAGUGAACACGUAUCACACACGUAUGUGCACACACUGAGGCGGCGUCGCUACGCCUCCUCCUCCUCCUCCUCCUCUUCCUCCUCCUCCUCCGACUGUGUCUGGGAGGAGGUCGUUCAAUCAGCGGUUCAUGUGUGUGUUUCUAAACUGACUGUGGAUGGAGAAGCUCAGUUCAACCAAAAAUGGACAAAAGAGGGAGUCGUUGUUUGGGUGACGUGUCGAUUAAAAGCUACAUUUUGCGAGAGCUCUUGAUUUAAAACAAAACACUAAAACGAGAAUGUAAACACUACAAAGCGGCGAGAAAGUCGGCACUUGGGUUGGUUGCUCGUCUCGGGUGAAAUGACCUCAGUGCUUCUUGUAGGAAGGACGGGGCUGGAGCUCCACUCCUUUUUGAAAGAGCGUUCGACGGCGCGUCGGCUUCUGGCUGCAGAGCGAGGCAUUCGCAGCAGAAAAAAAAAAAAAACUGUUCCAUCUGUUCGUCUCCUUCCAUUCACUGUCAGACUGAAAGGCAUUUCACCUGAGGAGACGCUCACAGGGCAUAAUGUGACAGACCUGGAAAAAAAAUGCAACAAUGUGGUUAGAAUGUGGUCUUAUUUGUGUGCUGUGGCCUGCUGCUGGGGCUCUUCAGCGCGAUGCUGCAGAGGGGUCGUAGUCCUUGUCGAAAGCCUCCGGGUCAGACUGCUCCGUGCUAUAUUCCACUUGUCUCGUCAGAAAGGGAAAAAUGCUUUGGUGGUCAUUCCUGCCGAUUCCCCUGUUGAAACCAAGUAGCUCUAAACAGCCCAUUCCAUUGUUUUUGUAUCUUAUUUUAUAUGAACAGAGAGGUUUUAUUCCAAAAACAUCUUAGCAAACGUUUUAAGCUACAACUCUCCUUUAGUUCCUGCUGGAGUUGAUCUGUAGAAUGUAUUAGCUGGAGGGGAGGGCCUCAGCCAGCUGUUUUAAUAUUGGCCAAUAUUGUACAGACUAGCUGAUCCCAGAUGUCCCAGUUUGCGGAGGGAGGAAAGGGAAACUCAGGAAAUGUCAGAGCCAAUGAAUUCUUUUCAUUUAGGUGAGAGCGAGCGUGUUUCGUUUGAUGCGGAGAGCAGGAGUGAGUGAGGGACGUGGUGUAGCUGUGACCCGGGUGGAGACGGCUGGAAGACAGGGCGGCGAGGACUAGACGAUGAUGUAAUGUUUCAGGGGUGAAGGGUGACAGGUGGUUUGACGGCUGAGGUGCCACAUUGGUAACAUUUAAGUGGAAGAAAAUCUUAAAAAAAUUAAAUAAAAAUAUUCAAUCGCCUUUGCAUUUCAGUGAGGUCUUAUCUACAGUACCUUCUAUAUUAUUUUGCUCUUUCAUAUCAUAUUACACUUUUUUCUAGGAUUGCUUUGUAAUAAUUUGUACAGUUUUGCAUGUUAUAGAUGUAAUCAUUUUUGUUUUCGGUUUGUUGUUUUACUUGGACUUGCUCCUUUUUGAACGGUUUGGGCGUUUUACUGAGGAUAACCCACUACAGGUGAUGUAGAUUCUUUUUUGCACAAGAAAUAUUUAAGGUGUAAGGUCAAAACAAAAAAUAAUGUAUGGAACUGGCUGCCACACUGAUGUGGAGAACUCAUUAUAUUAACCUGACUCCGAUGUAUUUCAAUAAAGCGGAGCGCUGUUACAAAUACA